AUGCGAUGCGCGGCGAAAGCUUCUGAGGAGGCAGCUGCGUGUGUUAACGCAGCUGCUCCUGACUAUGCACAGCCUCUCGCGGCAGACGAUGCUUCGUUUGCUACCUCUGCGACUCCUCCUGCAGCACCAGUUGCUGCACAGGCAAGUGGUGAGUCACCACGUGCUAAUGAUGAUGACUCCCAAGUGGAGCUCAUCUAUUCGGGAGAGUCGGAAGGUGGGUCCAACUCGAAGAAGACACCUACGUCGCCCAAGUCUAUUGGGGAGGCUGAAUACGAGCUAGUGAAUAGGACUUGA